CCCCCGCCCCGACGCAGGAUUGGGGCGGGGCAGCCGCCCGCGGAUUCCCGAGCCCGCCGCCGCCGCCGCGCCCCAGAGACUGCGCCUGCGCGCCCCGCGACGUCGGCCCCGCGAUGACUGCCAGCUCAGUGGAGCAGCUGCGGAAGGAGGGCAACGAGUUGUUCAAGGGCGGGGACUACGAAGGCGCCCUGGCGGUCUACACCCAGGCCCUGGGUCUGGACGCGACGCCGCAGGACCAGGCCAUUCUGCACCGGAACCGGGCUGCCUGCCACCUCAAGCUGGAAGAUUAUGACAAAGCAGAAGCUGAGGCAUCCAAAGCCAUUGAAAAGGACGGUGGGGAUAUCAAAGCACUUUACCGACGCAGCCAAGCCCUAGAGAAACUGGGCCGCCUCGACCAGGCUGUCCUCGACCUGCAGAGAUGUGUGAGCCUGGAACCCAAGAACAAAGUUUUCCAGGAGGCCCUGCGAAAUAUCGGAGGCCAGAUUCAGGAGAAGGUACGGUACAUGUCUUCAACAGACGCCAAAGUGGAACAGAUGUUUCAGAUACUAUUGGACCCACAGGAGAAAGGCACCGAGAAAAAGCAAAAGGCUUCUCAGAACCUGGUGGUGCUGGCCCGGGAGGACGCUGGAGCUGAGAAGAUCUUCCGGAGCAAUGGGCUUGAGCUCUUGCAGCGCCUGCUGGAGACGGGAGAGACCGACCUGAUGCUCGCAGCUCUGCGCACGCUGGUCGGCAUUUGCUCCGAGCACCAGUCCCGGACAGUGGCGACCCUGAGCGUGCUGGGCACUCGGCGGGUGGUCUCCAUCCUGGGUGUGGAAAACCAGGCUGUGUCCCUGGCUGCCUGCCACCUGCUGCAGGUGAUGUUUGAUGCCCUCAAGGAAGGCGUCAAGAAAGGCUUCCGAGGCAAAGAGGGUGCCAUCAUUGUGGAUCCCGCCCGCGAGCUGAAGGUCCUCAUCAGUAACCUCUUGGAGCUCCUGACUGAGGUGGGGGUCUCCGGCCAAGGCCGAGACAAUGCUCUGGCCCUCCUGAUUAAGGUGGUGCCCCGGAAGUCUCUCAAGGACCCCAACAACAGCCUCACCCUGUGGGUCAUUGAUCAGGGCCUGACAAAGAUUCUGGAGGUGGGAGGCUCGGUGCCAAGCCCUGCUGGGGAGCCCACAGUGACGGCGAACAGCCGCAUGAGUGCCUCCGUCCUCCUCAACAAGCUCUUCGAUGACCUGAAGUGUGACGCCGAGAGGGAGAAUUUCCACCGACUCUGCGAAAACUACAUCAAGAGCUGGUUUGAGGGCCACGGGCUGGCCGGGAAGCUGAGGGCCAUCCAGACGGUGUCCUGCCUCCUGCAGGGCCCAUGUGAUGCCGGCAACCGGGCCCUGGAGCUGAGUGGCGUCAUGGAGAGCGUGAUUGCUCUGUGUGCCUCUGAGCAGGAGGACGAGCAGCUAGUGGCCGUGGAGGCCCUGAUCCAUGCGGCCGGCAAGGCCAAGCGGGCCUCCUUCAUCACUGCCAAUGGCGUCUCGCUGCUGAAGGACCUGUACAAGCGCAGCGAGCAGGACAGCAUCCGCAUCCGAGCCCUGGUGGGACUCUGUAAGCUCGGCUCAGCCGGAGGGACCGACUUUAGCAUGAAGCAGUUUGCUGAAGGCUCCACUCUCAAGCUGGCCAAGCAGUGUCGAAAGUGGCUGUGCAAUAACCAGAUGGACACAAGCACUCGGCGCUGGGCCGUGGAGGGCCUGGCCUACCUCACCUUCGAUGCUGACGUGAAGGAAGAGUUUGUGGAAGAUGAGGCUGCCCUGAAAGCUCUGUUCCGGCUUAGCAGGUCUGAGGAGAGGUCGGUGCUCUUCGCAGUGGCCUCAGCACUGGUGAACUGCACCAACAGCUACGACUAUGAGGAGCCCGACCCCAAGAUGGUGGAGCUGGCCAAGUAUGCCAAGCAGCACGUGCCUGAGCAGCACCCCAAGGACAAACCAAGUUUCGUGCGGGCUCGGGUGAAGAAGCUGCUGGCGGCCGGCGUGGUGUCCGCCAUGACGUGCAUGGUGAAGACCGAGAGCCCUGUGCUGACCAGUUCCUGCAGAGAGCUGCUCUCCAGGGUCUUCCUGGCUUUGGUGGAAGAGGUGGAGGACCGCGGCACGGUGGUUGCCCAGGGAGGAGGCAAGGCUCUGCUCCCACUGGCCCUGGAAAGCACUGAAGUGGGGCAGACAAAGGCAGCCCAGGCCCUCGCCAAGCUCACCAUCACCUCCAGCCCAGAGAUGACCUUUCCUGGCGAGCGGAUCUAUGAGGUGGUCCGGCCCCUGGUCUCCCUGUUGCACCUCAGCUGCUCGGGCCUGCAGAACUUCGAGGCCCUCAUGGCUCUGACAAACCUGGCAGGGAUCAGCGAGAGGCUCCGGCAGAAGAUCCUGAAAGAGAAGGCUGUGCCCAUGAUCGAGGGCUACAUGUUUGAGGAGCACGAGAUGAUCCGCCGGGCAGCCACGGAGUGCAUGUGUAACUUGGCCAUGAGCAAGGAGGUGCAGGACCUCUUUGAGGCCACGGGCAAUGACAGGCUGAAGCUGCUGGUGCUGUACAGCGGAGAGGACGACGAGCUGCUGCGGCGGGCGGCUGCGGGGGGCCUGGCCAUGCUCACCUCCGUGCGGCCCUCCCUCUGCCACCGCAUCCCUCAAGUGACCACACAUUGGCUGGAGAUCCUGCAGGCUCUGCUUCUGAGCUCCAACCAGGAGCUCCAGCACCGGGGCGCUGUGGUGGUACUGAACAUGGUGGAGGCCUCAAGAGAGAUCGCCAGCACCCUGAUGGAAAGCGAGGUGCUGGAGAUCCUGUCCGUGCUGGCUAAGGGCAAGGAGAGUCCCGUCGCAAGGGCUGCCGCAGCCUGCCUGGGGAAAGCCACGGACUACGGGCUUAUCAGACCCAACCAGGAUGGGGAAUGAGCGGCUUGCCCCCUGCACGCGCCACCAGCUGCAGCGCCAGGAGCAAGGACAGACAGCCUUGGCUGCUGGGGGCCAAACACUCCGGCCGUCUCCCCAACUGCCCUUUGAUGUUCACUCUUCUGAGUCAGGGACCAUGUCAGGCACGGCCCUGCUCCACCAGCACUGCCUCCUGUCCCCCACGCCCCCGCAGCAGGCAGACAGCUGGAAGCGGGGAAGGUGCUUCCUAAUUCAACCUGUGGCUCCUCGCCUUGGGAAGGGCACCGCAAGCAGCCUCGCGGCCGUGAGCAUCUCCUGAGCCUGCUGCAGGACUGCCCUGACCUCUAAUAAAAGUGUGUGCAACUCUG